CAAGUGGAGACUGAAAGGUUUGUGCCCGAUUUGCCUAGAAAUUGGAGGAAAUAAAACACGUGCUUUGAUCAAAGGUACCCUCAUCAGGUUUGGUGUAAGUUGCACCAUCAGCAUCAGGAUUCAGGAGUGCACUUGUUCAUCAUAAGUCGAUUCAGCUCUGAUCUCCUCUUCGACCUGAUUGAUAAUGGCCAUUGCUCCAUGCUUAGUUAUCCCCUGACGCGGUUCCUGCUCUGAGCCUCUGAUCAAUCACGUAGGAAGGAGUACCUCGUCACUGUCAGCAUUCCACUCCAUUCACUUGCUCUGCUUUCUUCCAAUCCUUGGAUCGAUCUCUGCAGCCUCUCGUCUUCUUCCUCCCUCCUUUUCUCACCAAGGCAAGGGAAGUCAGUGUAGAAGACUCUGCAGAGCAGGAGCAGAGGACGCAGCAGCGCUCAGGUGGCGGAGCAGUGGAGCAGAGGCAGCGGCAGAAGCGUCGCAUGCGGACAGGCAAGGCAAGGCAAGAGACCGGAUACCAUUCCCCCUCCCCCACCGCCAUUCCAUUCUUGGCAACCCGUACCACCACUCCCCACCCACCGAGCCCGGCCGGGCAAGCAACCGGCCGACCUCGCCGGCGUGCGCGCGGGGGAGAAGUACUAAUCUAACCGUGCGCGAGGGCGCUCCAUGGCCGCCGUGCCGCCAUGCCCCGCGCCCCACGCAACGUGCCCCGCACGCCGCCCGCCUGCUCUAAUGCCCGCCCCCCGCGCUGCCGCCACACCUUCCUCCUCCGCUCGCGUCUCCCGCCGCCGUUGCUCGCGCCAAGCUCCUCGCCACGCCACCACCGGGAGACGGCGGUGAUGUCGUCGCCGCGGUGGAAGUCCGGCGACGGGCGCCGCCGGCUGCUCCUGCUCCUCUGCUGCUGCCUCCUCGCCUUCCCCUGCUGCCACGCUCAAGCCACCACCACCAACAUCUCCCACCGCUCCGACCAUGACAGCCGCUCGUUCGUGGGCACGUACGGGAUCAACUACGGGCGCAUCGCAGACAACCUGCCGGCGCCGGAGGACGUGGUGCGGCUGCUGAAGCUGGCCCGGAUCCGCAACGUGAAGAUCUACGACGCCGACCACAAGGUGCUCGACGCAUUCCGUGGCAGCGGGCUCAACCUGGUGGUGGCCAUCCCCAACGAGUUCCUCAAGGACAUGGCCGCCAACCCGAGCAAGGCCAUGGACUGGCUGAACGAGAACGUGCAGCCGUACCACCCGUCCACGCGGAUCGUCGGCAUCACCGUCGGCAACGAGGUCCUCGGCGGCGGCGACACCGGGCUCGCCGAGGCGCUCGUCGGCGCCGUCGCCAACGUCCACGACGCGCUCAAGAUGCUCCGCCUCGACCGCGACAUCGAGCUCACCACGCCGCACUCCGAGGCCGUCUUCUCCAACUCCUACCCGCCGUCGGCCUGCGUCUUCCGCGAGGACCUCAUGGUGUACCUCCGCCCGCUGCUCGACUUUUUCUCCAGGACCGGCGCGCCCUUCUACGUCAACGCCUACCCGUUCCUCGCCUACAUGAGCGACCCCUCCCACAUCGACAUCAACUACGCGCUCUUCAAGCCCAACUCCGGCAUCGUCGACCCCAAGACCAACCUCCACUACGACAACAUGUUCGAGGCCCAGCUCGACGCCGCCUACUUCGCGCUCGAGGCCGCCGGGUACCCGGGCAUGGAGGUGCGCGUGGCGGAGACCGGCUGGGCGUCCGCCGGCGACGCCACCGAGGCCGGAGCCAGCAUGGUGAACGCCGUCACCUACAACCGCAACCUCAGGAAGCGGCUGUUCCUGCGCAAGGGGACGCCCUACAGGCCCGACCGGGUCGCCAAGGCCUACAUCUUCGCGCUCUUCAACGAGGACCUCAAGCCCGGGCCCACCACCGAGAGGCACUACGGCCUCUUCAAGCCCGACGGCAGCGUCUCCAUUAACAUCGGCCUCAAGGGGCUCGUGCCCUCCUCCGCGCCACCGUCGCCGUUGUUCUUCAAGAGAGUUCGGGCAUGGGGGUGGAUUGUACAGUACUCGGCCGCGCUUCUUCCAUGUACAUUGAUUUUUCUAGCAUUAGCAACAUGACCGCAGAUUGAUUAGCACGCAUGGCUGCAAAACUGUAUAGUGUGUUAGGGCCAUGCUUCUUGAACUGGAUGCUCGUGGCGCUCAUCAAGAGCUAGCCGCUGCUGCUCCAGGCUUGAGGCUGGAAAAGUGCAUGCAGUUUAUUAACACUGAUUCUUUCGACGGGAGCUUCAUAGAAAACUCAAUGGAUGAUUAGGAUCACAUGUCAGGAUUUUAGUUCUCCUUGCAAUGAGUACCAGAUGCAUUUCUCAUUUCUGUAUAAAGUAAUCAAGCCUCACGGUUCAUAGUUCAGCAUGAUGUUUUUAAAUAUUGAAACUUCGAGUUUACCUC